UGUAGAGAAGCAAGGAGCUUAGAACUAUUAUGUUCCUACUUUAGGCUAAUCUCCUUGUAGAGAAGCUAACCUAACUGGCAUUUGUUGUGAAAUGUGAAGUGUGAAACCUGGCCAGUGGCUAGUGUCACUGUUUUGAUGCGAAAGAGCAGCCAGUUGUUGGUGCUGGAAAAAAACAAUUACAUGCUCAUAUAUUCAUGUUGUUUACUGCAAAACAGUUCCUAAUUCUAUAGUGCUGUCAAAGGAAUAAUUGUUCCAGAUGCCUGAACGAGGCGAAAAUGAGGUGUUUUCCAACCCUCUGCCCCCAGCUGGGCACAGGGUGUCUACGGAGGAGGAUGCUGAUGAUGAGCAUCCUCUUACAAAUGAGGAUUUUCGAAAAAUGCUUAUGACCCCUAAAGCUGGUUCAACAACUUCUUAUACAGAAACUGUGAAGCAUGCAAGAAAAGAGAUUCCAGUGGCUCCAGAAGAGGGUGAGGAGGAGGAUGCUGCCACCAGAAGAAAGAAGAAGAAAAGUUACUAUGCCAAGCUCAAAAGAGAUGAAGAGGAGAGACAGAAAGAGCUGGAGUCCAAGUACAGAGACAGAGCCAAGGAGCGCCGAGAAGGCCACAACAAGGACUACUCUGAGACGGAAGUUAUUAGCACGACGGCUGACUACAGAGCUGUGGCCCCUGAUGCCAAGGCCAUUGAAAACAAUGCAGAGAGGAGGAAGCAAGUGAUACAGGCCUCUAAGUACUUGGGAGGUGACAUGGAACACACUCACUUGGUGAAAGGAUUGGACUAUGCACUACUUGAGAAGGUGAGAGCUGAGAUCACCUCAAAAGAGAGGGAAGAUGAGGAUAUGAUGGAAACUGUUGUCUCCCAGCCAAACAGAGAAGAGGAGGAUCCUGAAGAAAAGAUAACAUUCAAGACCAAGCUGGGUCGGAACAUCUACAGAACCUUGUUCCGGAACCGUGUACCUCAGAGAAAUGAGCUGUUUUUGCCCAGGCGUAUGGCCUAUGUCAUUGCCUUGGAAGAUGAGUUUGCAGAAUCAGACAUCCCAGCCACCCUGAUCCGCAGUAAGGCUGACUGUCCAUCUCUACAGGCUACAACAACUCUAACAACAAAUGAUAUUGUGAUCAACAAACUGACGCAGAUUUUGUCGUAUCUGAGACAAGGGAAAAGAGAAGCAAAGAAGUUGAAAAAGAAAGAAAAAGGAAAACUAAAAGAGGAAGAGAAAGCCAGAAUCACUGCCCUGGAUGACAGCAUCUAUGGUGAGAUUGGAGACUACGAGCCAUCAUUUGCCAAGCCCAAGGACAAGAGGGAGAAAGACAGAAAGGACAAGGAUCGCGACAGCAAGUCUGAUCGGGACCGAGAUCGUGAUAGGGGCAGAGACCGGGAAAGGGACAGGGAGAGAGAGAGGGAUAGGGACAGAGACAGGCGAGACUACCGGGACCGUGACAGGGAGAGAGAGAGAGAUAGGGGCAGAGAUCGGGAAAGGGAGAGGGAACGGACGGACAGGAUCAGAGAACCAGAGCGGGAGAAGCCCCAGAGGAAGUCUUACUUUGAAAAGCCUGUGGAAGAGGAUGACCUUAAGGAAAAACCCAAAGAGACAGCGAUUGAACUGGUCAAAUCGAUCAACGAAAGGUUUAAAGGCUAUGCUGAUGUUGAGGAGGAGAAGGAAAAAGUGAAGGUGGAUGCUGAGAAGAACAGGUUGCAAAAAUUGAAAGCGAAGACAGGUAUCGACAGUUACGCUGAGUGCUACCCAGGCAUGGCAGAGUCUGCAGAUGCUAUCGACGAUUCUGACGAGGAAGUUGACUUCACCAAAAUGGACCAGGGCAACAAGAAGGGUCCAGUCGGCCGAUGGGACUUUGACACGGCCGAGGAAUAUUCCGACUAUAUGUCCAACCGGGAGGCUCUGCCCAAAGCUGCUUUCCAGUACGGGGUGAAGAUGAGUGACGGUCGUCGGACACGCAGAACGGGCCCCAAAGAUGAGAAACAGAAGCUGGACAGAGAGCUGCAGCAGAUCCAGAGGAUCAUAGAGAAGAGGAAACCCAGUGGGGCGGACGGCGGGGGCAGUGAUGCCAAGCAUGCCAAAUAUUGAGGGGGUGGGGUGGAGAUUGUUUUGUGAUGUGUUCCAUGCAAAGUUCUUUGAGGUUUUCUGCCUGCAUUAUAUGUUGGUUUAGAAAGAAACAACGUAAGAUUUUAGGAUGGAAAUGUUUAUCUCACAAGAACUUAUGGGGGGUGGAUGGGAGGGAGCCUCUAUCAAGUCUUUUUAAUCUUUAUGUGAUGUGUAUUUUUCAUGUAUUACAGAAUAAAAUUCAGCUUCUGCUAAAGUGAUUAAAA